ACAAACAAUAACGAAAAUUUAUUCUAUAUUAAUAACAAUAUUCAACACGUGGAAAACUGAACGAAGUACUCGAAUCGAGGUUAUGAGACGCACUGUUUAUCAUUCGGGAGCGAGGCAACGAAUAAACAGCGUCGGAAAACAUGGCGUCUCGGGUCGAAACGUCGGAAGUACUACAUGCAUUACAUAGCGACUGAGCCGAGGCGCUCACGCAAAAUGAACGAAGCAGAGUUUUGACGUACAAUGGCGGACACCCCCUCCCCCAUUCCUGAGCAGACAUCGCCUCUCUCACUGACACGAGGACUUUAUAUUCCGUCCUAAGUCCGUGGCUGUACAUACGACUGUUUUACCCACUUAGUUACACAUAUAUGUAUACAUACAUUAGUAUAUGUAUAUAUAUGUAUUUACAAUGUACGUAUGUAUGUAUACAAAAGCGAGCACAGAGCAUUCUUACAGCAUAUACAAAUGUCGACAUCAGCGUUUCUCGCGAGCCAAUUCAGAAGCUUACUGUGACUAAUAUUUUGUCAAAAUUGCCUAAUUACAUAAUGGUUACGACAGAAGUCUUUGUAAGGAAUUUCUGUAGCCGAAUCUUUGACAUCAAGUGAAUUCGUUAGGUUGAAAAUCUUUGAACAAAAUUGAGAUAAAUGCAUACGGUACGUUUGAAAUCGCAGUGUACACCACAGAACAUUAUAGCGCAGAUGGGAAUGUCGUCUUUCAUAGUGUUUCUCGCAAGAUAAAAGUGAGAAGUGGGAUGGAUAACUACAUGCUUUGUUCGAUGGUGUAUGUAAUGUAUGGUGUGUUGUUUGUAAAAGGAUAGAUAAUUUUGUUUAAAAAAACAAGGUUGAAUGUUUUGGAUAUGUCGCAUUUGAGUAAAAAAGAAUGGGUUGUGUCAAUAGUCGGACAGAUAUUAAUGAUUUACAUCCAAAUGUAUUUCAAGUGAUGAACGUAGACGAUUUAGGUAAUUUAAUUACCCCUGGACGCUUAGAAGUUACUGAAACUGAUAUAGUGCUUUAUCAACGCGGUAAACAGCCCAUAAAAUGGCCUUUGCGUUGUUUACGCCGGUAUGGUUAUGAUGCCGAAAUAUUUAGUUUUGAAUCUGGUAGAAGAUGUCCCUCAGGGCCAGGCAUUUAUGCCUUUAAAUGUCAUAGAGCUGCUCAUUUAUUUAAUUUAGUACAAACGAAUAUUCAGGUUUGUAAUAACAGUGGGGAUGAUACAAUGUCCAGAGAACUACCAAUUGCUUCUCAUUCUGGUCCAACAGUAACAAGAAUGACAAUACCAGUUGAGCCUAAUUAUUUGGAUCCAAUACAAACUAGAAGUAGUAAUUGUAUGGUUCAGAGACUCGGCCACAAUCAUCAAAAUGGAAUUGGAAGAUUAGGUAGUGUGGGAAGUAGCACUGGUCUUAUAUCGCCACAAGGAACCAUAGGUUCACCUUCUCCACCUCCUGUGCUGCCACCGCCUCCACCACCUUUCCCUCAACCAAAUCCGUCCUCGCUAUAUGUCAAUGAAGAAGUAUUGUCACCUUUAUCAUUAGAAAUGGAACAUAAUAAUAACAAAAGUCCUAGAAGAGCAAUACAGAGAUCCUGUACAAUGAGUAAUUCGGUAUCUGAUAAUGUCUCGGUAUCACUGGAAUUUACGUCUACCCAUAAAAAUUUAAAAGUCACCACUCAAUCUAAAUCAUCGCUUCCAACAACUGCAGCUUACAUGAAUGUAGAUAUUAGUAAUGAUAUUAGUUCACUUUCUCCGACUCAUAGUGUGCCUGAAACAAUACAACUUAAAGAAGACAAAAAUGAAAAUAAUGAACCUGGACACGCUUAUAUGAAUAUUAGUCCAGGCGACGAAUGUACAGAAUUAUUUGUUACUAGAGUACGACCAUCGCCUUUGCCAUCUAUUCAACCUGACAUGGAAGAAACAACAAGACACUGUUAUGCUAACUUGGAAGCAAAUGAAAUUGAAAGUUUAAGAAAAAGAUUUUCUAGUGUAUCUGUAGCAGAGAAGUCUCCUUUGACUCCAUCGACACCUACAGGUGGUCCAAUUAGAGAAGUAAAUUAUGCUGUAUUAGAUCUGGACACGAAGGAUGUGCCAAUCAAUUCAUCAUUGGAAGGUCCUUCAAAUUUAUCUGCAUCUCCUCCAGAGUCACCGAAUAAGUUACAAAAAGGGUAUGCUACAAUAGACUUUAAUAAGACAGUUGCUCUUUCGCAUUCUGUCAACCCAAACCUUGUAAAUGAUAGUGAAGGUUCAAGGAAAACGCGUCACAAUUCCACGAUUAGUGACUUAACAGCACCCUGUAGACGUAGCUCAUCUGUAAGUGAAUGAUCGAUUUUUUUACUUUAUAAUUGUGCCUACAGAAUGAAUAUUUAUAGCAUUUUAUAGAAUGACAAUGUGCUUUACAGUUUCUUUAAAAUCAAACUAAUGCCAAACCAAAGACAUCAAGUUAGUUUGCAAACCGUUUAUAUGAUAUUAAUCAUGCUAAAAUGUGUUCUGUACGAAGCAGUGUACCUUGAUUC